AUGGUUCACUUCUUGCACCCGGGGCUCUUACCCCGGACCAUCGUCCCUCCGGACGCUCAGAAGGAUGCCCUGGGCUGCUGCGUGGUGCAGGAGGAGGCAUCUCCCUACUCUUUGGUCAACAUCUGCCUGAAUGCCCUGAUGGCUAACCUGGAGAAAUUGUGUUCUGAAAGACCUGAUGGAACACUGUGCCUUCCGGAACAUUGGAGUUUCCCUCAGGAAGUAGCUGAUCGGUUCCUUGGGGUGAUGACUUGGCAAGGCAAGCUGACUGACAGAACGGCAAGCAUUUUCCAAGGCAACCAAAUGAAAUUAAAGCUGGUCAACAUCCAAAAAGCUAAAAUCUCUACAGCUGCAUUCAUAAAAGCCUUCUGCCAUCAUAAGCUCGUUGAACUGGAUGCUACUGCAGUACAUGCUGACCUUUCGAUCCCAGACAUCAUAAGUGGACUCUGCAGUAAUAACUGGAUCCAAGAAAACCUUCAGUGUCUCGUGUUAGACUCAACAAGCAUCCCUCAAGAUUCAAGACUACUUUUCUUUGGUCAGCUCACUGGUCUUCGCAUUUUAAGUGUUUUCAAUGUUUGUUUUCAUACUGAAGAUCUGGCUAAUGUUUCUCACUUACCAAAACUGGAAAGCUUGGAUAUCUCCAACACUCUGGUCACUAACAUCUCUGCAUUGCUUACCUGUAAGGAUCGACUCAAGUCUCUAACAAUGCACUAUCUGAAAUGCCUGACCAUGUCCAAAUCACAAAUUCUUGCAGUCAUCAGAGAACUUAAAUGUCUGCAUCACCUUGAUAUUUCUGAUCACAGGCAACUCAAAUCAGCCCUAGCUUUUCAUUUGCUACAGGAGAAGGAUAUCCUGCCUAAUGUCGUAUCACUGGAUAUUUCUGGAGGCAGUUGCAUCACUGAUGGAGCUGUAGAACUGUUUGUACGGCAGCGGCCUACAAUCCAAUUUGUGGGACUACUGGCUACGGAUGCUGGUUAUUCUGACUUCUUUACUACAGAGCAAGGCUUGAGGGUUGCUGGAGGAGCCAAUAUGAAUCAGAUUACAGAAGCACUGAGCAGAUACAGGAACAGGUCAUGUUUUAUGAAGGAAGCCCUUUACAGGCUCUUCACAGAGACAUUUUCGGUGCAAGUAACCAUGCCUGCUAUUUUAAAGCUUGUGGCUGUAGGAAUGAGGAAUCAUCCAUUGGAUUUGCCAGUGCAGUUCACGGCCAGUGCUUGUGCUCUGAACUUAACACGCCAGGGCCUGGCCAGGGGGAUGCCUGUUCGUCUAUUGUCAGAGGUCACCUGUCUACUUUUCAAGGCUCUGAAAAACUUCCCCCAUUACCAGCAGUUACAGAAGAAUUGUCUUCUCUCCUUAACCAAUUCCAGGAUUCUUGUGGAUGUUCCAUUUGACAGGUUUGAUGCAGCCAGGUUUGUUAUGAGAUGGCUCUGUAAGCAUGAAAACCCCAAGAUGCAAACAAUGGCAGUGAGCAUCACCUCUAUUUUAGCCCUGCAGCUCUCACCUGAGCAAACUGUACAACUGAAAGAAGAGCUCUUCAUGGCAGUUAAGGAACUUCUAGCAAUAGUAAAACAAAAGACUACUGAGAAUUUAGAUGAUGUCACCCUCUUGUUUACUUUGAAAGCACUUUGGAAUCUUACAGAUGAGUCUCCAGAUGCCUGCAAGCACUUUGUUGAAAAUCAAGGAUUGGCAGUCUUCAUGCAAGUCUUGGAGACUUUUUCAGAGUCAGCAAUACAAAGCAAAGUACUUGGUCUUUUGAACAACGUAGCAGAAGUCAAAGAGCUGUCUUCCAGGCUUAUGAGUGAAGAUAUGAUGAAGCGUGUCGGCCGUUUACUCCACAGCAAGGAAAUGGAAGUGAGCUAUUUUGCUGCAGGUAUCAUAGCCCACCUGACAUCGGACAGACAGUCUUGGCUAUCCCGUGACUUUCAGAGGAGUGCUCUUCUCCAAGAUCUGCAUGCAACCAUCCAGAAUUGGCCAAGUUCAAGUUGUAAGAUGACAGCAUUGGUGACCUACAGAUCUUUCAAGGCAUUUUUCCCACUCCUUGGCAACUUCUCUCAACCAGAGGUUCAGCUCUGGGCACUAUGGGCUAUGUAUCAUGUCUGCAGUAAAAACCCCAGCAAAUACUGCAAAAUGUUAGUCGAAGAAGAAGGAUUACAGCUUCUGUGUGAUAUCCAGGAGCACAGUGAGGCAAACCCCCAAGCACAGCAGAUUGCAGCCUCCAUUCUAGAUGACUUCAGAAUGCAUUUCAUGAAUUAUCAGAGACUCCCUCUGUGUUGAAUGCAGUUCUUAACCUAAGGGGCUUCAUGGGUGCUCUCUGUUCUUCAACGUCAGUCCCUCUGCCCUGUCAGUAAUUGAAUGUUGAAACCAGUUGUUGAAGUUUGUGAAUUGGCUGUCUCAUUGGCCAUUUAUUGUUGAUUUUCUAUAAGUUACAAAAAGGUUGGAUUUGUAGAUAGU